AUGUCUCGACGCAGUCAAUUGGCUUCAAAAACACUCCAGUCCACUUUCCGCUCUACCUCCAAAGCCGCAAGGAGCCCGGUAUCGAUUGAACGCCAGCUCUCUGCGUACCUCCAGCACCAGCAUCACCACCGUCCCACGUCCAAAAUGUCCUUCCUCCUCCCCGGUCUGCGCCGCGGCGCUCUCCUCGCGACGCCACUUAUUCUCAGCUCGCCUCUUCUUUUCCAUAGUUUUCGCCAGACACAGUCUAUUCGCUGUGACUCGGCCGAUCCCCUUGCGAAGCUCGGCGACUUGCGAAACACGUACAGCCGCGAUGCGCAGACACCCAUCAUCACGCAGUCCGGGGCUCCUAACACAAAGGCAGUGAGGCAGAUUAGCAUUGGGAGCAUUUUGGGCGUGAUUGGAGGGCUGGGAAUCAGUGUGUUCAGUAAGCCCUUGGCAAUCCUGAUAGGUCUGGGCGUGGUCUUGCUACAGUUCAUCGAGUCGAGAGGUAUUCACAUCAUUCCCUACUCGUAUCUGCAGCGCCGCUUCAAAGCGACCAAUGUACGGUCGCUGAUGCAGGAUAACGUCGCUUUUAAGCUAUCUUUUGGCUUGACGUUUGCACUGGCUGCGUUCGCCGAGUUCUAG